AUGUCGGGACUGAACGAUUUCCUGGUCCUAAUACCGGACAACCCAGGCACGGCAGAGAUGCGCCUGAGCAAUGUGCAAGCACACAUAGCGCACCUCAAGAGUCUGGUUGACACUGGUGUUGUUGUUAUGUCCGGACCGACUCUCUCCUCCCACCCCGCGGCCGAGGAGGAGCCCCUCGCUGUCAACGGCAGUUCCGUGCUGGUUCGCGCGCGCACCGAAAGCGAAGUUCGCGGUUAUAUUAGAGACGACAUCUACGCGCAAAACGGCGUCUGGGAUCUGGAGAAGGUUACCAUCACUCCGAUCAAGUGCGUGGUACGAAAGCCUCUAUGA